AAAGCAAAACAGGAAUUUGACACACAAAAAACUAAAACUAAAAAGUUCACAGCAAAAUAUCAAAAUAUUUACAAAUUGAUUAUUUUCCGGGAUAUUAAAGGAAAUAAGGGCACAAAUCCAGCUAAAUUCAUAAUUUAAACCCCCUAAUAGCUAAAGCGGAGGCGAAAAUGUCUUCUUCGCCAUUCCAUCAUUUCGGUUUCUAUCACGGAGCGAAGAAGACCACACCGUUGAAGAUUCGCAAUCCGAGUAUUCAUCCGUCGCAAAUCAUGCCUUCACCGAGCGGAAUCCCAUUUAAUAUGUCCGACAUGCCCUGGUGCUAUGCUGGUAAACCGGGCCAGUUGAUGGAGUUUAAUGCGGUCAUACGUCCUAGUCCACUACCGAUGUCCAUGCCGAUGGGACAAUUUCAACCAGUCACAAUGUAUACAGAGAUUCGUAAACGGAAGACGGAGCCGGAAGUGCCAAUUCCUACAAAGCAAUUCCUCACAGAAGAUGCAAUGGCAUCGCAUUUAAAUAAUUUACAUUUAUCUUCGGAGUAUACGACGCACAAUAUCGACACAGCAACAGGGGAAGAUAUUUCAACAACAGAAAGUAACGUCGGGGGCUUCUCUCCUUGUUCAUCAAUCGAUGAUGAAAUGUCACUGGGGGAAUCGCCGGUAGGCCAACCAACUGGUAGCCAUCAUGUUUACAUGUCUCCACAGGAAUUGGAGGAGCGUCUUCGAAAGGCUCAACGCAUUUCUCUUUGUGAAGAGGUUAGAAAACUAGACAAACAAGCAACGGAUAUUCUGCCACAAGCACUACUGCAGCGGAUUGAAAAACCCUGUUCGGCUUUAGUUUUGUGGCAACCGCCACAAACACUAGAAAAACUCAUCAACAAGGUCACUGAUGCCCUGCGGGAAAGAGAAACUGAGAGCAGAACUAAAACGGAAUCGAAAACGGAGGAAACAGAGCGAAGGCCUAACGAGGCUGCGAUGAUGAUGAUGAUGGGUGACGAUGAACCACUGCCAGAUCUGCCGGAUUACGAUGCCGAUCUGGACUUUGAGGAGAACAACAAUAAUUUAGCCUCGAUGGGUGAUCUCAACAAUGUUAUGGAUGUUGAAAUGUAGUGCCUGGAUGAUCAGUUUCAGUAGUGAUUAGUAGUGAGUGGAUGUUGUGCAUGCGUGUGCGAGCGGAAUGAACGUAUUCGGGGUUAAAUGUAACAAUUUUACGUAUCAGACUAAAGCGGUUUCUUCUCUGGAUAACGUGCUGCUUAAGCCAUACAACUGGAUUGUAAGCGAGGGUGAUCGGACGUUUGUUCUACUGUAUAACAAUAUAUUAAAAACAUGCCGUAAGUUUUUUUUGUGUAAAAAUAGUCAUAAGAAGAAAUCAUUCAACAUGCUUAUGCAUUCUUUCUGGCAAAUAUUACUUGAAUAAAAAAUCAUGUCGAAACAUUAAAA